CAUUGUGAUUGUGAGAUGCUACGGCAAAAGAUGGUGUUGAGCGAAUGAUAAAUGAGGGGGCAGGACUUCUUUUUAUAGCUACAGGUUUCAGACCAACUGGCCUGGCAGAAAAGUUGCAGUUGGAGCUGGACAAGCUGGACAGCAUUAAAAGCCUUCCUGAGAGGGCCUGACUCAGGAGCUCGAGCGCACACUCUUCGGAGAGGACGCUGACUCAGACGUCUGAGCGAGCUCCAAUUGGCAGACGGUUGAGCUUCUCUGAAGUUCCGACAAGUACUAUUUGGUGAAAGGCAAUGGCUGAAAGUGAAACUAUCCAGAGCUUGGCGCUCCCUCAGCGUGCACACUGAAUGGUUUCUGAGGUGUUUGGACGACUCUCGUGUCAUCAGAUUGAUUCUUCAAUUUCUUAACGCUUCUCUUCCCUUUGGAUAGGUAUGCAAAGAGGGGCACACGGAUUGCGCAGUCCAUUGUCACAUCAGCUUGCUAAGAAAUUCGCUGCCCGUGCAUUUCAACGCCCUUGAUCCAAUGUACAUCGGUGACUCCUCGGGGGGUGCCACCAAAAUUUAGCAAUGGUACCACCUGCCCGAGACCCACAAGCCGCUCGGCAGGCCCAAUUGCAACAGCAGAAGAAAGGGGGUGCGCUUCAGGGAGUGCAGCCUACCCCCCCGGGAGGACAGCCCCCAGACAGCGGCGCUGCUCUUCCGCCGUCUCAGCAGAGUCAGGCCGACGGGGGGGCGAUGGAUUUGGGGGGGAGUCAGCAUGGGAACCCCCACCGGUCGGGGGCCACCCUGAUGCUGGGGAACUUUGAGGGGCACGCCAAGAAGUUCCUGGAUCCGGAGACGAACAUGCAGAUGAAGCUGACGCUUGUGACUGAGAUCCGGGACAGCAUUGAGAUCGUGCACACGUCCGAGUACCAGAACUUCCUCAAGCACUGCUUCAAGGCGCUCCAGACGGGGCUGCUCUCGCUGACGCAGCCGCAGGCAACAGACACCGUCGAGCACAAGGUGCGCAACAUCAUUCUCGAGGUGCUGAACCGCAUGCCGCACAGCGAAACGCUCAAGCCGUACGUGGUAGACCUUAUGAAGCUGAGCAUGCACGUGGCGGCUACCGACAACGAGGAGAACGCACUGAUUGCGCUGCGGAUCAUCUUCGACUUGCACAAGAACUACCGGCCGAACCUGGAGGACGAAGUGCAGCCGUUCUUGGACUUCGUGGUCAAGAUCUACCAAAACUUCAAGGAGACCGUCCUCUACUUCUUUCAAGACGGCGCCGGCCCCGACGCCCCUGGGGGGGUCCCCUCCAGCCCGCGUGGCCCCCCUCUGGGGCAGCUAAACCCCAGCGUCCGCUCCUUCAAAGUGGUCACGGAAUGCCCCCUGAUCGUGAUGUUUCUGUUCCAACUUUACCCCCGGUUCCUGGGUGUGAAUAUCCCGACGCUCCUCCCGCUUAUGGUGACCACGAUCUCGAUCCCCGGGCCGAACAACGUGCCCCCCCACCUGAAGCAGACGUUCAGCGACCUCAAGGCGGCGCAGGUCAAGACGGUGUCCUUCAUGACGUACCUGCUGCGGAGCUUCUCGGACGACAUCCGGCCGUACACGGAGAACGUGUCCAAGAGCAUCGUCAACCUGCUCGUCACGUGCCCCGACUCCAUCGCCACGCGCAAGGAGCUGCUGGUUGCGACGAGGCACGUGCUUGCGACCGACUUUCGCAAGGGCUUCUUCACGCACAUCGACAUCCUACUGGACGAGAGGGUGCUGGUGGGCACUGGGCGGUCUUGCUACGAGACGCUCCGCCCGCUGGCGUACAGUCUGUUGGCGGAGUUGAUCCACCAUGUGCGCAUCGACCUGAGCCUGCAGCAGCUGAGCCGCAUCAUCUACCUCUUCUCCAAGAACGUGCACGACCACUCGCUGCCGCUGUCGGUGCAGACGACGUGCGUGCGGCUCAUGCUGAAUCUGGUGGAGACGAUCUUCAGUCGUCGGAUGGACGAGCGCAACAAGGAGGAGGGCCGCCAACUGCUGCGGCGCAUCCUCGACUGCUUCGUCAGCAAGUUCGGGACGCUCCGGCGGGCGAUCCCCUAUCUGUUACCCCCACCGGGCAGCAAAAAAGGCGGCCCGGAGAAACCGGAAGAGGUUCUCAAAGAUAGCGACGCAGAGGGGGAGGAAAAGCCGACGCUGCGGUCGCGGCUGGAGCUGCCGGUGCAGAAGGCGGCGCUGAAUCUGAUCACACCGAUGGAGCACGCGAAAGAGCUUGCGGACUGCAAGUACCUCACCCGGACGCUGAUCCAAGGCAUGAAGACCCUUCUCUGGAGCAUCACCAACUUCAAUCGCACCGCGCAGCCGCAGCAGAUCGGUCCGGGGCCGCCGCAAAUGAACCCCAACGGGCCGAAAGGAAUGCGCGAAGACGAAGUGCGGCUGAUCGCGGGUUUGCUGAAGAGCGGCGUCUACUGCCUGGCGCUGUUCAAGGAGAAGAACGAGGAGGAGAACCUGCUGCACUUCGCGGGCGUGUUCUCAGUCAUGGCGGAGCGCAACUUCAUGGACCUGUUCAGCAUGUGCAUGCCCAGGCUCUUUGACGUGAUGGUCGACUCCAUCCAGCUGGUCACCGUCUUCGCAGCGCUCCUCCAGAACGCCCAGAUCAGCCGCACGUUCGCCGACGUCCUCGCGCACUACCUCGUGACCAACAAGCUGGACCUCCUGAAACAGCCCGACCUGCCGCAAGCGAAGCUGCUCUUACAGCUGCUCCGGCUGCUCUUUUCCGCUGUGGCCAAGUAUCCGGCGGAAUGCGAGUCCGUCAUGCGCCCCCACGUGCUCACCCUGAUGGAAACCUGCAUGAAGAACGCUACGGAGUUAGACAAACCCAUCGGUUACAUGCAGCUCCUCCGGAUCAUGUUCCGUGCACUUUCCGGCGGAAAGUUUGCGGCUCUCUACCAAGAGUUUAUCGGCACCCUGCAACCCUGUCUCAACGCGCUCCUGUCGAUGCUCGACGGUCCGAGCGGUCAGGAUAUGCGGGACCUACUCGUCGAGUUAUGCCUAACCCUGCCGGCGCGGUUAAGCGCGCUGCUACCGCACCUGCCCCGGUUAAUGAAACCGCUCGUCCUGGCGCUGAAGGGGAGCGAUGACCUCGUUGCGCUCGGGUUACGGACGCUCGAGUUUUGGGUGGAUAGUCUUAACCCGGAGUUCCUGGAGCCCAGCAUGGCGAGCGUCAUGACGGAGCUUAUUCUCACCCUGUGGGGGCACCUGCGGCCGAAGCCGUACCCGUUCGGUGCGAAAAGCCUCCAGCUGCUUGGCAAGCUGGGCGGCCGCAACCGACGCUUCCUGAAGGAGAUGCUCGAGCUGGAGUACAAGGAGAACCCGGAGCACGGCCUGCGGAUGAUCCUCACCUUUGAGACGCAAACCUCGUUCCUGGUUCCGCUCGACCGCUGCAUCCACCUUGCGCGGACCGCGGUCCAGAGUCCCCCGCCAGGGAUGGAGCUGCACUGCCGCAAGUCGGCGCUCACGUUUCUGAAGGUGUGCCUUGGGGGCGUCGCGAACCUGAACGGCAACAUCGGCGGCGAGGGGGUGGGCAUCGGUCAAUUGAGCGGCGUCCUGCUUACGCACGUGGAUCCUGCACUGAGGCGGCCGGAGAAGGAACAGCUCAAGGUGGACUUGGGCGUCAAGACGAAGACGCAGCUGCUCGCGGAGCGCACCGUCUUCAAGCAGCUCCUGAUGGCCGUCAUUGCCGCAAGCGCAGAACCCGAUCUCUCCGAUCCGGACGACGAGUUCGUCGCCAAUCUCUGCCGCCACUUCGCGAUGCUCUUCACCGCGGAGCCCCCUUCUCCUCCAGGGGGGCGGGGCGCCCCUAGGGAGAUGCCCUCUGCGGCCCCCCCGCCGGGAAAGAGGGGCGCGAAGCAGGAGGGGCUGGGGCCCGCGGCGCAGAGUAUCAUGGCGUCGGCGAAUCUGAAGGAACUAGACCCGGUACUUUUCUUGGAUGCGCUCGUGGCAGUGCUGGCGGACGAGAACCGGGAGCAGGCCAAGGCCGCCCUGCAAGGCCUGCACGUCUUCUGCGAGACGCUCCUCCUGCUGGCCAAGGUGAAGCGCAGCGGCAUCAGUCCCCAGAAGGCGUCUCUCCCGAGUACUCCCAUGAUCGUUUCUAGCCCGUCGGUCAACCCGGUUGUGUCGCCCCCGGCCACCGUCAAGAUCCCGGUGUUCGAGCACCUCAUCCCGCGGCUCCUGCACUGCUGCUACGGGGGCACGUGGCAGUCGCAGAUGGGCGGCGUGCAGGGCAUCGGCGCGCUGGUGGGCAAGGCCCCGGUGGACACGCUGUGCCAGUUCCAGGUGAAGACGGUGCGCGCGCUGCUGUACGUGCUCAAGCAGCUGCCGGUGACUGCGAACAAGGAGCAGGAGGAGACCAGCCUCGUGCUCACGCAGGUCCUCAGGGUGGUCAACCCUGCCGUUGACGCCUCCACUUCCGACGCCCAAGACAAGCAGAGCUUCCAGGGCGUCGUCGAAGUGUUAGCCGCGGAGCUCUUCAACCCGGCGGCGAGUCAGAACGUCCGGAAGAACGUCCAAACUUGCCUGGGGUUCCUGGCGAAGCGAUGGGGCACGGAAGUGUCCGAACUGUUGGAGCCGCUGCACGGGCCGCUGCUCAACAUGCUCGUCGGGCGGCCGCUGCGCGCCAAGCACGCUGAGGCGCAGGUGGGCACAGUAAUGGCGCUCAACUUCUGCCUCGCGCUGCGGCCGCCGCUGCUGAAGGUCACGCCGGAGCUGCUCAUGAUCCUGCAGGAGGCGCUGGGUAUUGCCGAGACGGACGAGCAGGCGAUGCACGGGAAGUACUUGAAUCCCAAGACGACGGCGACGCUGACGAAGCUGCGCACGGCGUGCAUCGAGCUGCUGUGCACCGCGAUGGCGUGGGCGGACCUGAAGCACGCGCAGCACACGGAGCUGCGCACGCGUAUCAUCGGCAUGUUCUUCAAGCGGCUCACCUGCCAGAACCAGGACAUCGUCGCCGUCGCCAAGGAGGGGCUGCGACAGGUUAUCCGCGACCAGAAGAUGCCGAAAGAGCUCCUCCAAACCAGCCUGCGACCAAUUCUGGUCAACUUGGCGCAUUACAAGAACCUGAACAUGCCCCUGCUCCAAGGCCUGGCCCGGUUGCUGGAGCUGCUAGCGAACUGGUUCAACGUGACACUCGGGGAGAAGCUGAUGGAGCAUCUGAAGAAGUGGCUGGAGCUGGAUAAGCUGAUCGCGACAACGGGGAAGGGGUGGAAGAACGGGGACGAGCCCAAGAUUGCCGCCGCCGUGCUCGAGCUAUUCCACCUGCUCCCGCCGGCCGCCGCCAAGUUCCUGGACCCCAUGGUUUGCUUAACCAUCCAGUUAGAGAAGGCGCUGCCGCCCACGGGGGUCUACAGCGAGCUCAACAGCCCCUACCGCCUCCCGUUAACCAAGUUCCUUAACCGCUACUCGACGGACGCAGUCGACUACUUCCUGCAGCGGCUGAACCAACCGGCCUUCUUCACAAGGUUACUGGACAUCAUCCGGUCCGAGGCGGGCGAGCCCCUGCGCAACGAGCUCGCCAAGAGCCCCGAGAAGAUCAUCGCCAAAGCUUUCCCCAACCUCCAAAUGCCCGCCUCUCCCCCGCCGGACCCCCAAAACCCGGCCGCGCCGGCGGCACCUCCCCUAAACCCCCACCAACCGCCCAAUACCCAGAUGCUAACCCAAAACCAGCACGUCAACCCUGGGCAAACCCAAAACCCUAACCCGACCCCGGGCACUCCCCCCGCAACUCCCGGAACGCCGUCGGUGGCGAUCGUGGUUCCACAGCAGUAUUUGGGGGCGCCCGGAGAGGUACAGUUUCAGGGGGUGGCUUUAGUGUCCGCUCUAGUUAAGCUGCUGCCGAACUGGCUCCACGAGAACCGGCCGAUGUUCGACGCGCUCGUACAGCUGUGGCGGUCGCCGCAGCGCGCGGGGCGGAUCCGGCAGGAGGAGAAGCUGAACGUGCCGCAAGCCAAGGAGAGCAAGCGGCUGAUCAAGUGCUUCCUCAACUUUGUGCGCCACGAGCGGUCCGAAGUGAACGUCCUGUUCGACAUGCUGUCAAUCUUCCUCACGCCGACGCGCAUCGACUACACCUUCCUCAAGGCCUUCUUCAUGAUCGAGGUUCCGGAGCAGUACACCCCCCCGGAAAAGAAGGCGGUUCUGCUCCGCUUUCUGGACCUGUUCCGGCAGAAGGCGCUGAGCCAGGAGCUGCUGGUGGUCGCGAUGCAGCUGCUGAUCCUGCCCAUGCUGACGUACGCGUUCACGCACGGCGAGGCGAAUGACGUCAUCGAGGAGGCGACGAUCGGGAUCAUUGUGGAGCACCUGCUGGACCCGCCUGCGGAGAUCAGCGAGACGUUCGAGGAGCCGCUGCGCAUCGAGCUGUUGCAAUUGGCGACGGCGCUGAUCAGCCACAUGCCGCGCGAGCUCAACCCGCACCGCAAGGAGCUCAUCAAGCACGGCUGGCAUCACCUCAAGCGCGAGGACUCCAGCUCGUCCAAGCAGUGGGCCUUCGUCAACGUCUGCCACUUCCUGCAAGCCUACCAAGCGCCCGAGAAGAUCAUCCUCCAGGUCUUCGUCGCCCUGCUUCGUACGUGCCAACCCGAAUCCCGCCAGCUCGUCAAGCAGGCGCUUGACACGCUCCUCCCGUCGCUCCCCGUCCGGCUCCCCCUCAAAGUGGGCGACUCCAAGGUGCCCAUAUGGAUCCGGUACACCAAAAAGGUCCUGGUAGAAGAGGGCCACUCCAUGGCGCACCUGACGCACAUCUUCCAGCUCCUAGUUCGCCACUCUAGUUUGUUCUACCCGAGCAGAGCCCAGUUCGUCCCUCAGAUGGUUAACAGCCUCAGUCGGUUAGGGUUACCCCAAAACACGCCCCCCGAGAGCCGCAAACUCGCGAUCGACCUCGCGGGGCUGGUGGUCCAGUGGGAGAAGCGCCGCAUGGAGGAGGCGGAGAACCCGCCGCCUCCCCCGCCGCAAAUCCCGGGCGGCGCGCAGAACCCGGAAGGGGUCCUCGACAUGGACGUGGACCACCCGGGGAGCGGCAGCAAGCGGACGUCGUCCGGCGCGGGCUUCGACGACGACGAAAAGGAUGGUGUCAAGCGGCUCAAGGGCGAGGGCGGGGCGCCGAUCGCGACACCGGUUGACGGGGGGAUCCCUCCGACGCCCGGCGCAAACGCGGGAACCCCGACCGGGCCGCCGGAGGAAGAGUUCCGGCCGAGUCCGGCGAUGGAGGAGAUGAUCAUCAGCUUCUUGACGCGGGUUUGCUUCUUGACGGAGCCGUCGAAGGACAAGGAGCACAAGGUCAUGUACACGCCUUCGUUGGACCUGUUGGGACAGUGCCUGGACCUGUGGCCAACCGCAACCGUCAAGUUCCACUACAUGGAGAAGCUGCUGUCCGCACCCAACAACCGCGGCCUGGAGGUCCCGCCCGCGCUCAACACCGGCCUGGACGUGCUCAAAGUCGUUCUCGCUAAACAGGCGCGCCAGUUCCUCAAGUCUGGCAACAUGCAGAUCCACCAGGUGCUGGACCCGUGUUUCGCGAUCCGCAACUCCGAGCUGACCGCUAAGCUGUGCUCCGUUCUGGAAAUGGUCUACCAAGCCUAUCCGACGGACACGCUCAGCCUCCCCCCCGAAGUGAAGUCCAUCCACACCAAAGUGGAAGACAUGCUGAUCAAGCAGCUAACCAACGCGUCUAACCAGCCCACUAACCCGGCCGUCGAGCUGAAAACCCUGCACACGGGGCUCACCGUCUCGCUGCAAAUCCUGAAGGUCCUCUCCCCCCUGCAAAAGUCGUUCGUGGACAAGUUCGUCCCCGCCCUAGUUCGCAUCGGGCAGCGCUUCCUGAAGCUCAUGAUCGACGGCGCGGGUUUGCCUAACCCGAAAACAAGCCACCCCCAAGACCCGCAGGCGGUGCUCCAGUAUAACCUGGUGCAGGCCGCAAAAACCGCCGGGGAAUUGCCCCCCUGGGGUAACCUGAAACUCGCGCUGAGGUUAGCGUCUUUACGGGUUUUGGGGAUCCCUCAGCAGCGAAUCGUGUUCCUGCAAAUGCUGCCCACGAUCCUCGCGGAACCGGCGGUGGAUCCCAGCGUCCGAAUGGAGGUUUUGGACGUGGUUAAGGAGUGGGUUGAGAAGCCGGACAGCAAAGCGUCCGGGAACCUGAAGCAGCCGGACGUGCUCAUGCUGAUGACGAAGUUGGCGCAAGUGGAUAAAGCGAACUUUGGGAAGGAACUGGCGGGAGAGUGGGACGGGAAGUUGCUGAAGCUUCUGCACCGGUUGUGCGCGGACGUGACGCAUCACUCACCGGGUCUACGCCAGGAGGUUUUCCAGAAGGUGGAGCGCACGUUCAUGCUCGGCCUGCGCUGCUCGGAGCCGGGCCUACGUCAGCAGUUCUUUGCGCUGUACAACGAGGCGAUCGGCAAGACGCUGUUCGCGCGCCUGUGCUACAUCAUCAGCGAGCAAGACUGGGAGGCGCUCGCGGACGUCUUCUGGCUCAAGCAGGGGCUGGACAUUCUGCUGGCGAUCCUGGUGGAGAAAGGGCCAAUCGAGGUCGCUCCCAACAGUGCAAGGGUCCCGGCGCUCAUGGUCGUGGGCUCAUUGCCCGAAAAGCCCGUCCCGGUAGACACCCCGAUGAGGGCCCCGGAGGCGGUCGAGCAAACGGACGAGAGCGCGGGCGGGGCUGAGGGCGAGAAGGAGAUGACGUUCUACGGGCUGCUAACGAAGCACGCCAAGUUCCUGAAUGACGUGGCCAAACUCCAGGUGUCGGAUCUCAUCCUUCCGCUGAGGGAGCUCGCACACUACGACUCUCAGGUUGCGUACCACAUGUGGGUCCUCAUUUUCCCCAUCGUAUGGGCGACGCUCCAACAGUCCGAACAGGUUCAACUCGCCAAGCCCAUGAUCGCGCUUCUCUCCAAACAGUACCACACGAAGCAACUAGACCGGCGGCCGAACGUGGUCCAAGCGCUCCUGGAAGGAAUCUCGCUCAGCCAACCGCAGCCCAAGUUCCCGUCGGAGCUUAUCAAGUUCCUGGGCAAGACGUAUAAUGCGUGGCACAUAGCUAUACCGCUCCUGGAGAGCCACGUGAUGCUGUUCCCGGGCGAGAGCCGCUGCUUCGACGCGCUCGGGGAGCUGUACCGGUUGUUGAAUGAAGAGGACGUGCUGUACGGGCUGUGGAAGCGGCGCGCGCUCACCGCAGAAACGAAGGCCGGCCUAUCGCUCGUCCAGCACGGCAUGUGGCAGCGCGCGCAGGAGGUCUUCUACCGCGGGAUGACGCGCUCCGCGCAGGGCGGCUUCGACGCGACCGUUUUGAAAGCCGAGAUGUGCCUCUGGGAAGAGCAGUGGAUCUCCAGCGCAAAGCGGCUCAACCAGUGGGAGCUGUUGGCGGACUUCGGACGGUCCGUAGAGAAUUACGACAUCCUGAUGGAUACGCUAUGGAAGCUGCCGGACUGGCCGGCGCUGAAAGACAACGUGCUGCCGAAAGCGCAGGUCGAGGAGACGCCGCGGCUGCGCAUGGUCCAGGCGUACGUGGCGCUCCACGAGGGCAGCAUGUCGAGCUUGCACGAGGCGGACGUGCGGUGCGCGCAGGGCAUGGAGCUGGCGCUGCAGCGGUGGUGGCAGCUGCCGGAGCUGGGCGUGCAGAACCACAUCCCGCUGCUGCAGCAGUUCCAGCAGCUCGUCGAGUUACAGGAGUCGGCCAAGGUGCUGGUAGAGAUUAACCAGUCCAGCAAGCAGCAGGCCGCGCUUCAACAGGCCCAGGCGGCAGGGCAGGCGGUCCCCCCGGCGGCGGGGCCGCAGUACGUGGAGCUCAAGGAUACGCUGGAGACGUGGCGCCUGCGCGUGCCCAACGAGUGGGACGAUCUGACGGUCUGGAACGACCUUCUCCAGUGGCGCAACCACAUGUACAAUACCAUCAUCAACGCGUUCAAGCACUUCCAGGAGACCAACCCGCAGUUACACCAGCUGGGCUUCCGGGACAAGGCCUGGAGUGUGAAUAAGCUCGCCUACGUGGCGCGCAAGCAAGGGCUCGGGGAGGUCUGUGUGAAUGUGCUCAAUAAGUUGUACGGGUUUAUGACCAUGGAGGUCCAGGAGGCGUUUGUGAAGAUCCGCGAGCAGGCGAAGGCGUACUUGGACAUGAAGGGCGAGCUGCGCACGGGGAUGAACACGAUCAACACGACCAAUCUGGAGUACUUCCCCGUGCAACACAAGGCCGAGAUCUUCCGCCUCAAGGGCGAGUUCCUCAUGCGCAUGGGCGACGGGGACAACGCUAACCAGGCUUUUUCGACGGCCAUCUCCCUUUUCAAGCACCUCCCCAAGGGCUGGGUCAGCUGGGGCAACUACUGCGACAAGGUCUACCGCGAAACCGGCGAGCAGCUCUGGCUCGAGUACGCCGUCUCGUGCUACCUCCAAGGCGUCAAAUACGGCAGCGCAGACGGGCGGAACCAUUUGGCGCGCGUUCUGUAUCUUCUGAGCUUCGACAACCAGGAAGGGACAGUCGGAAAAGCGUUCGACAAGUACGGGGAUAACAUCCCACAUUGGGUGUGGCUCUCGUGGGUGCCGCAGUUGCUGCUGGCGUUGCAACGGCCGGAGGCGCAGCACUGCAAGGCGGUGCUCAUCAAGCUCGCGUCAGUGUUUCCACAGGCCGUCUACUACUCCCUCCGCUGCUUCCUGCUCGAGCGCCGCGAGAUGGCCAACUCCGUCAAGAACACGGGCGUCCCGCAGCGCGGCGGACUGGGCUCGCACACCGGGCAGGGCUCAGACGGCAAUCUCAAUUACCAGUCGCCCGGAACACAAGGCCCCGACCAGUCUUCUCAGCCCGGACCUGGGUUAGGAAACCGGUCAGGGAGUGGCUCGGUGGUUAAGCAGGAAGACGACGGGGUUAGCGGGCACGGAGAUGCGAGUCAGGGGGCGCUCUCGGUUCAGGGGGGUGAGUCCAGCCAGGGCGGGCCGGAUGCAGCGGCCCCCCCGAAAGGGUCGCUGGCGUACGCGGCAAAGGCGGCGUUUGACCUGGCGAAGGAGGUGAUGGAGAAACUGAGAUUGGCGCACCAAAACCUUGCGACCGAGCUGGAGGUUAUGCUAACCGAGAUCGGGAGCCGGUUCGUGCCCCUCCCCGAGGAGCGCCUGCUGGCCGUAGUCCACGCGUUGCUGCACCGCUGUUACAAGUUCCCAACGGCCACCACCUCAGAAGUGCCCAAGCAUCUCAAAAACGAGCUCUCGGGUGUGUGCCGCGCGUGCUUCUCGAUGGACACGGUGAACAAGCACAACGACUUCGUGCAAGAGUACAAGCAGGAGUUCGAGAACGACCUCAACCCCGACAGCCGCAACUUCCCGGCCACGCUCGCGGAGCUCACCGAAAAGCUCAAGGCCUGGAAGACCAUCCUGCAGCGGAACGUGGAGGAGCGGCUUCCGAGCGUGAUGAAACUAGAGGAGGAGAGCCGCGCGCUGCGCGAGUUUCACGUGCUGGACGUCGAGGUGCCGGGGCAGUACCUUAACGACCAGGAGAUUGCUCCCGACCACACGGUGAAGCUGGACCGCAUCGGCGCGGACGUCCCCGUCGUGCGCCGGCACGGGACCACGCACCGCCGCCUGACGAUGAUCGGCAGCGACGGCUCGGUGAAGCAGUUUUUGGUGCAGACGUCACUCACGCUGAGCGCGCGCAGCGACGAGCGCAUGGUGCAGCUGUUCCGGGUGCUCAACCGGCUGCUGGACAAGCACAAGGAGUCGCGGCGGCGCCACCUUGCCUUCCACGCGCCCAUCAUCUGCCCCGUCUGGCCGCAGGUGCGUCUGGUGGAGGACGAGCGGUCGUUCAACACGUUCGGCGAGGUGUACGAGAUCAGCUGCGCGCGGUACGGGCGCGAGGCGGACCUGCCCAUCACGUUCUUCAAGGAGCAGCUGAACCAGGCGAUCGCGGGGACGAUGACGCAGGAGGCCAUCAUGGAGCUGCGGCUCAAGACGUACGAGAGCAUCACCAAGAACCACGUGUCCGAAAACGUCUUCUCGCAGUUCAUGUACAAAACCCUGCCCACAUGCAACCACCUGUGGACCUUCAAGAAGCAGUUCGCGGCGCAGCUCGCCCUCUCUAGUUUCAUGUCCUACAUGCUGCACAUUGGCGCGCGCUCGCCCAACAAGACGCUCUUCGCGACCAACACCGGCAAGAUCUUCCAGAACGACUUCCAUCCGACUUACAAUGACAACGGGCUGGUCGAGUGCAAGGAGCCGGUUCCGUUCCGGCUCACGCGGAACCUGCAGACGUUCUUCACGUCGUUCGGCGUCGAGGGGCUGUUCGUGGCGUCGAUGUGCGCGGCCGCCCAGGCAACCGUGGCGCCCCAGUUCUCGAUCGAGAGCCAGCUGGCCAUGUUCUUCCGGGACGAGCUGACGUCAUGGUCGUACAAGCGCGUGCCCGCGCCCCCCGCCACGGGCACGCUGCAGCUCACGACGGGCGAGCUCAAGCAGAAGGUGGGCAUGAACGUGGACCACGUGCUGGCACGUGUCAAGGCCAUCGCCCCGCAGACAUAUGCCGAGGAGGGGGAGGGGACGGAGCAAGUGCCGCUGUCGGUGCAGAGGGGCGUCACGGAGUUGGUCGCGGAGGCGUCGAUGCCGACUCACUUGUGUAUGAUGGAUCCCACGUGGCAUCCGUGGUUCUAGCCCCGGUGUGGGUUUACCGCGGAUUUACCCUGGUUAUAGAUGGUUACUGGAGUCGGAUAUGGUCGGUGAAAUUGUACUGGAACAGUUGUGAAGGUGAAAAGAAGGUCCAAAAGGAUUACAAACUUUAACUGUGCGCAUCAUUGGCUGCGCAUGCUGUGCAUCGCAGCUCUAAUUCCUGGGCAAGGGCUCUCGUUGCCAUGUC